AUGAACUCCAAGAUCGCCGCUUUAUUAGCCAUUACUUCCGUUGCUACCGCCCAAACUCUAUACGAGAUUGCUGAACUAGAAGCCUUGUUAGAUGACUUAGACAACAACUUAUCAUCAUACAUUGCUCUAUAUACUUCUGGUGAAAUUUCCUUUAGCGACUUACCAUCAGGUGUCUUAGAGUUAGCUAUGGCUAUGAUGUCUGCCACUGACAGCUCUUACACUACUUUAUUUGCUGACGUUGAUUACGCUGGUGUUGAAUCUAUGAUCACUAUAUUAUCCUGGUACUCUUCCAGAUUAUUACCAGAAAUUGAAUCUAUCUACUCUUCUGAACUUGCCGCUUCUGCUGCUGAAGCCUCUUCCACUGCCACUUCUCCUGCUGAAACCUCUUCUGCUGCUGCUUCUUCUGCUGCUGAAACCUCUUCUGUUGCUGCUUCUUCUGCUGCUGAAACCUCUUCUGUUGCUGCUUCUUCUGCUGCUGAAACCUCUUCUGUUGCUGCUUCUUCUGCUGCUGCCAGCACCACCAGUACCGCCGCUAUCCAAGUCGCUACCGCUAACGGUGCUGCCAAGGCUGCUUUCGGUAUGGGUGCCGGCGCUUUAGCUGCUGCUGCUUUAUUAAUGUAA